AUGGCCGUCCACCUCCUGAUUGGCCUGACUGGCCGCUCCUUGCAGUUUGCGCUUAUUGCUCUCAUUGUCGACGAUGUCAACGCCACUGGUGCGCAAAAGUCUCACAACUCUACGAGCGCCGGUGCUGUGGUUGCCUCUUUCCAACUUGGCGCCCUGAUAGGAGCCUUGUCUUGCAUUUUCUUUGGGGAUCUGCUAGGUCGCAGGAAAACCGUGUUCCUGGGCUCUGUCCUGACCAUUAUGGGCAACCUUCUCCAAGUUUCUUCGUACAGCUUGCCCCAGUUUGUCGUCGGCCGAAUUAUUCUCGGCAUGGGCUCUGUGCAAUUGGCUGGACUUUGCUUUUACCUUUCUACCAUAUUCAAACUUGCAAUGGCGGCUUCCGUUGGCUCUCUCUUUGCCCCUUCUUCAUUGAUUUGCCUCACCGUGUUCUGCUUUCCUGAAUCCCCUCGGUGGCUUGUCAAAGUCAAUCGAACAAGUCAAGCGUCCAUCUCGCUCGCAGCAUACAAAGGUGUUCCCGAGGCCCAUGACUCCAUCGCGGCCGAGAUUGGCGGCAUUGAACUCUCUCUGGAAACAAGCGACAAGAAGAUCUCAUUGAUAGAAAUAUUCACCCUAAAAGAGGAUGCUGAUCGGCUGCUUCAUCGACUAUUGCUUUGCAUCGGCCUCCAAUUUCUCCAGCAAAUGUGUGGCGGAACUCUGAUUUCCGUGUAUGCCUCGACCAUAUUCCAAAAUAACCUCAAUUUGGAUUCCGAUCUAGCCAAGAUCCUAGCGUCAUGUGCCCUCACGUGGAAGUUUCUCUGUUGCUUUGUUGCAUUCUUUUGCAUCGACAGGUUGGGGCGUCGCACUGUCUUCAUCGUCAGCGGCACUGGCAUGAGUCUUUGCAUGGCUGCAUUGGCAGUAACGACGAGCUUCAGCACGAGCAACAAAGGGGCAAGCAUUGCCUCGGCAACAUUCAUAUUUUUAUUCAAUUUCUUCUACCCUAUCGGCUUUUUGGGAGGGAACUUCCUAUACUGCACGGAGAUAGCGCCCAUUCAACUUCGAACGGCAAUGAACUCAGUCUCCACUGCAAACCACUGGCUAUGGAACUUUGUGGUUACCAUGAUUACUCCAGUAGCAUUGAAUACAAUCGGUUACCGCUAUUAUAUAAUGUAUGCAAUCAUCUCGGCUUGCAUUCCCAUUGCCGUUGGCCUCUUCUAUCCUGAGACCAUGGGUCGGAAUCUGGAAAUGAUCAACCAUGUAUUCCGUGAUGCGUCCUCGCGCUGGACGAUUGUGGCCAUGGCUAGAAGCGUGCCCAAGGGAGAUCUCACCGAAAGUGACAUUCUUGAACAGAACAAUGAAAAAGAAGAUAUUUCUAUUGAGCAAAGAGAAAAUGUCUAG